AAGCGCACAAGGCGUUCCCAUACUGUUAUGCUAAAUGCAACGUCUCGUUCCCUUCUCAGGGAACAGGGUUACAUGCGUAACCCUGACGUUUUGUUUUUAAACCCUGAACUGACAUUGACAUGCUGUUUCUUGGAAAUACAGACAUACAGAUAAAAGAUUCAUUUUAAAGAAGGAAAUCAACUUAAAGAUGCUGAAAUAUUUUGUAAACACAGUAUGGUUCAUCAGCUACAUUAGUCAUUUAAAAAUACAUGUUUACGUAUGUAUAUCACAUUUUUGGAGAAAUAUUCCCACAAACUGCAGAUUAAGAUGACUCCAACUUAAUCUAACUAUUCACCACAACCAAGAAAUACUGUAGCUCGCCAUUUUAUCUUGUAAUAUUAUAAGUGAAAAAAAUCAUCAUUUAAUUUACACUAGUAAAUAUACCAUUUUUUUUGCUAGUCAGAAUCCAAAUUAAGGACAUCAUGUGAGGAGUGUACUCACUUUUGUGAGAUACUGUGUACUCUCUCAUCUGUGCAACCUGAGCUCAGUUUGUACAGGAAGCAAGCAUACAGCCGUUAUACAGGAAGUGAUCUCCUAAAGUGGGUAUGAGAGCUAAGUCACUCAUUCAGCAGUCAUGUUAUUCAGAGCCUAAAUGGUAUAUUUAAAUAGAGUGUAUGUUUCUUUCUCUUCUUACAUUAUAUAACACAUCUAACACGUUUUAAUAUUCGCAUCUGUUCGUGCAUCCAUUUACUGGAUUCAAUCUCACUGUCCAGUUGUUGGGGAGAUUUCCAAGAGAGCCGAGGCCCAUAUCGGGAAUGUUCGUGUAGCUCAGCUCUUGGACUCCCGGUAGAGUGUAGGAUGCUUUUGGGCAGGUUCUCAGAUGGUGCUGCUUUUUCUUGGGAGAGAUCAACUUGAGGCGGAUCUGAGAGAACUUACAAUCCAUCAUGCAGAGAUCACCCAUCUCAGAAUCCUUGUUCACGGAGCGGUUGGUGCUGGAAAAUCCAGCUUCAUCAACUCAGCUAACAGUGUCUUUCAGCACCGUGUAACGGACAGAGCCGGAGAAGCAGCGAGUGCAAGCAAAAGUUAUACGAAACAAUACAAAAGCUACAGAAUCUGGGAUGAAAAUGACAGCACCUUACCAUUUAUCUUCAAUGAUAUCAUGGGGCUACAAGAUACCAGGACAUCUGGAAUCCACACCGGUGACAUCAUUAAUGCUAUGCUGGGCCACGUGAGAGAGAACUGUAAGUUUAAUCCUGAGUGUCCUUUACAAGAUGGUGCUCCAUGGUACGUUAACGCCCCCACUCUGAAUGAUAAAGUUCACUGUCUGGUGAGCGUUGUAUCAGCACAAACUGUCCCUGUCAUGUAUGACGCUGUCAACGAUAGCAUUAAGAAUGUCCGGGAACAGGCCAGGGACUUUGGUAUCCCUCAAGUCCUGAUCUUGACACAUAUUGAUGAGUGCUGUCCACUGGUUAAGGAAAACUUGAAAAAAGUCUACUUCAGCAAGAAAAUUAAGGAAAAGAUGUACGAAUGCCGCGACAGAGUGGGAAUCCCGAUGAACUGCAUCUUUCCUGUGAAAAACUACCAUGAAGAGUCAGACACCAAUAAUGACACUGACGUCCUGGUUCUGUUGGCCCUGAGGAAAAUCCUAAACUCUGCUAAUGAUUAUGUGAGAGAGCUGUAACUCUCGCCCCUCUUUCAGCUUGUAGACUGGUCCAAAUAAAAGUUGAACAAUACUAUAUGUUUAGUAAAUCAUGUAACCUUAGUAAUGCUUAGUUGAAUUUGAAAAAUGUGGUCGUCCUCACAUAUAAAUAAACAUGAUUUCCUGUUAAACCUGUUACAAAUUAAAAUAAAGUGUUUGUGUGUGUGUCUUUAA